AACCCCACCCAGCCAGCCCCUAGCGCAGACGGCGGAGAGCGGAGAUGGAGCGCGCCUUGGCCCGCUGGCCUCGGCUGCAGCUCCUCGGGAGAACCGGGGCGCCCACGCGAGAAUCUCCCCACCUGGGUCUCUUCAGGGAUGACAUCACCUGUUCACCUCCUUGUCUUCAAGGACCACCUCCCGAUGCUACGCUGCUGCCAAGGUGCUCGCUGAUCACCUCCCCCUGAUGAGGCCACUAGGAGCUCGGACCCCUGGAUGGCACCAGCGUACAAAGCAGCCACUGGCAGAGACCACCCCCCCCAUGCCCACACCGCCAGACGAGGAUGACUGAGGAUGAAGAGGACCAGAACCGACCAGCCAGUUCUUCCCUCUUGGCCGAAUGUUUAAACCAAUGCCCUAGUGAGGGGGCAUUGGUCAUUAACCCCUGACCUUUGCUAUGCUUAUGCCUUGAUGCUAUGAAUACUUUUCUAUAAGUCUUUACUUGUGUUCACUUGCCAGCGACCUGGAGUGUUUCCCUCCCCAAGGAGUUGUCAGUCUUUCUCCGAUGACAACCCCAUUGUUGCCUGUAUGAUGUCCUGAAUGGAAGGAUCCCUUUGGGAACUUCUCAGGAGGGGGACCUGGGCCAAGGGCUCGACCAGCAUCUCACUGGCAAUUCCAAGGCCCAGGGUGGGCUUCUGGAAUGAGCAUGUGCCCUGACGCCUGGCUACCGAACUGCCAAGGGCCUCCCCGCCUCUCCCCACCUCUUCUCAGAUCUCCCUGUUCAUUCUGGGGAGUGGGGACAAGAAGAGCAGCCUCCCAGGGUUGUUCGCUCCAGGCAGCCCCUGUCCGCGGGGCUCUCCUUGAAGCAGCCGAGCUUCUCGAAAGGCCUGUCCACACUUGUUGUCUUCCUUCCUCACCUCCAAUUUCCUCUUCAACCCACUGCUUCCUGACUUGUUCUGCUCCGCCGAACGACCCUACCUCAGGCCCCUCGUCUCGUCCCACUGGGUGUUCGCCACAGCCUGCCCCUGGGAGGCCUGGGCUCUGCUUGCUCCAGGCCUCCCGGCCGGUGUGGGGGCUCCCGGCUGGGCCGUCGCUGCUUCACCUCUUCGUGUCCUUGCUCAUGUCCACGAGCCGCCUCCUUCCACCGAAAACCAUGCAGCAGCCCUGUCCCCGGCACACCGGCUGGGCCGGCCGAAGACCCCGAUGGAAGAGGCCAGAACAGCCCCCAGAGGACCGCCGCUCUGUACCAGGGAGCCCGCUGAGCUGCCUGUCGCCAGUCCCGUGCCUCUCCACUUGCACCCGCGUUGGGCUGAAGACCCCAUCCGGAAUCCUCCACGGAAGGAGAGACCUUCACGCGCCACCCAGCACCCUCCGGCGUUCAAAUCUUUCUCCUGCUAGACUGUGAGCCCCUGAAGGGCGAGGAGCUUGCCAGAUUGAUCUUUGUACCCCCAGUGCCCGCCAUGGUGUGGAUGCCGCGUGGUGGACGGAUGGGCGAAAGCGUGAGUGCUGAAUGUGACUGGCUUUUCUGGGGUCGGGCUGCUCGAGUGAAAGGCCGGAGAGUUUGUGUGGGUGUUGACGGAUUUCCGAGGGCCUAGAGCAUUUUACAAUGUCCAGCAAUGUAUUAGCAUUUUGUUAAGAUAUUGCUAGUUUCUCUCUGUUAAACAGUGCUUUUCUGUCAUUUUAACUUGCAUUGCUUUGAUUACUAAUGAAGGUUGAGCAUUUUCACGUAUCCUUGUUAACCAAUUGUAUUUUCUCUUCUGUGAACUGUUUGUCCAAGUCCAUUGGGUCAUGGCUUUCUGGUGAGACUGGCCAAGGACGGAAUGGGAGGGGCUGUAGUGAGCCCUCUGUCACUGCAGGCAUUCAGGGGGCAGGCUGGGCAGACCCUUGAUGGGGGUAGUUUAAAGGGGAUUCACAUAGCAGGUGUGGGGUGGGUCUAGAUGGUCUUGGAAGGAUGCUUCUUCCUGGAGAUGGGGGGUGGGGACAUUUUCCAUUUGGCAGCCUGACAACAUUUAAGAUCGCAUCCCCUGGGUGGGUUCAUGCAUUUAUGACUUACAAACUAUACCGCACCCUCUGGAACUCUCAUGGGACAGGAAUAGCUCUUUGAUCCUCCGAGGUCCAGAGAACCAUGCCCAGCAUCUCAGGCCAUGAGCUGGUGACUUCCCACCAGCCCUGACACCCAGCCCUGUUUCCUGUUGAGGGAGUCAGCCCCCUGGACCGUCAUUUACCCCCUCGUAGGCAAUCAGGAGAGGCCAUCUGCUGUCCUUAGCAUUCCCAGUGUCCUGUGAUGUGUCAGCAAAUGCCCCUGAGUCCUUAGACGGAUGGGACAUACUGGAUCGGGAUUGGUGGAGAACCCUUCAGGUUUUCUUCAAUGGGGCGAUUAAAUUCUGUGAUCCAAGGAGCAGGUUGGACCCCAUAGUCUUCUUGGGUUUCCGCUCGUGCCCCACCACAAACUAACCUGGGCUCAAAGGCCAUCGAGACCAUUUGGGGAGGGUAUGUCACCCACGGAGGGCUUGCCCUCCCUUCCAGAACGUGCCCUGCUGCUUCCUACCGAGCCCUCUACUACAGCACUGAGCGCUGUUUGCCUGCGUCAGAAUGAGUCACGCACCUGUCUGUCCCAGCGUCGAGGCUUGGGAGGCCAGCGGUGACUGCCAGCGUUGAUUUAACCCAUCCGUCCAUUCAUCUGCGCACUUGGCCUCCAUUUCUUGACCUGGUGCUUGGGCCUCUCCCUUCCCUGAAAGCAAGCCUUUUCAUCUUGGGCGGGCUGUGCAGCGCCAUGGGCUGUGGUCAUGAAGCGAAACACCCUUAUGAGAGCUUUCUCCUCCGGGGUCUCUGCUCUAAGCACGUCCCAGCUGGACUCAUCUGCCACCGUCACCCACACGGCUUUCUGUCCCCAUGGCGCUUUCCCAGGCAUCACCCACCGCGGCGGAUCCGGGGCCGGGGUCCGAGAGGGCCCCCCGCCGGUGAGCGGAAGAGUCCUCCCCGGGCCGCCCUGCCUGGUGCAUGGUCCCUGCCAGGAGCUUUGCUUUCAGCCUGCCUGCUUCUCCGCCAGGUGGCAGUGGUUGUAACUCAUGUAACUCACGCUUCAUUCCUUCAUCACCUCAUUCCUUCACAGUCUGCACCCCAUUCUCUCAAGUUAGCCGGUGCUGUACUGGAGCCGGCUCCCAGGGGCUCAUCCCGAUGAUCUUCUGGAAGAAAAGACGAGCCCGUCGGCAAGGGGCCGCGUCUUUGUGUCAGCACAAGGCUUGACCCUGGGCUCAGCUCCCCCAACUUCAAGACCCAAGUUCCAUGGGAAGCUUGAUUGCCCUCCCUGACUCUGUUCCUUCCAAAACUAGGUGGAUUGGUAAUCAGCAAAGUGUGUCCCCAGGUGUUCAGAAAUCAUAACCUGUGUCCUUAAGAGGCCGGAGUGACGGCCAGGGGGUCUGAGAUGGACGGCUGCUUCUGGCUGUGAGCUGGCUUUUAAGUCAUUAAGAACCCUGGUCUUGCCCGGUGGUGAUCCUAGAGCCAUUCCUGUCCCAUUCGAAAGUAGUUCAUGGUGGGUUCUAUUUAGAGAAAAUUGGGAGAGAUGAUUGCACACAGAGGUGACCGGGUUCAUGCCCCGUGCGGGGGUCUGCUUGGAAUGAUCUGUUGGCAGACCUGGGCAUCCAACACACGCGGUGCUUCGCAAACCUGGACAUGGCCCUGAGUGUUGACGCGGGUCCCAGGCUGGGGGGGACCCCAGCCCCCUUUAGCUCACUGCUGCCCGUAGGGAACAAGGCAGAAGUCUUGGGGCCUCUGCUUAGAAUUCUGCGGUUUAUUCAUUGCAUUGGAGAGAGGGCGUAGUAGGCAAAGCCAGGACCCCGGAGCUGGACAAACGUGUGUGGUUUAAACUGACCGUGACAACUUGAGUCUGUCUUCUGGGGGGACAAUGGCACCCACCUCGCAGGGCUGUUGUGAGGAUUCUUGUAACCAAGGCUUUGAACUGGGAUUCUGACCAGGCGGUGUGCGUGCCCCCGGGGGGCUGCUGGGGGUGGAUGGCAGGCCGAGGAGGGGGUAGCCUGACUCAGCAGGUUAGCGGGAAAUCGCUCUGCCAGAUGGACAGCGGGCAUCGUGGGAUGGGGUGCUACGUUGGCGUGACGUCGUGGGUUAGACAGAAGUCAUUGUGGCAGGGACCUUUAUGUCAGGGGGAUGGGGGCCUCUUUGGGCAACACCCUUGCCCCCCUGGGGUACGCGUUCACGCUCGCCUCUGUAAAAGGUUGGAAGCACCCACUGGGUCUAGCCUACCGCUGCGUCUGGCCUGUGGGCGGCACUUAACACACAUCCCUCCUUCCGUAAGAGAUCUCUCCUUAGCAGGGCCUGCCUCCCCGCCCCGCCUGGCUACCGCCCACCGAAAUAUUAGGUACCGGCCAUCAAAGACACUGCAACGUCCCCUCUCUCAUUUACCAACAUUUGGGCUCAAAUGCCAGCAGCCCGGGUGCCUAACACAGUACCAAGCCAGUGGUAGGGGUCACCUUCCAUUUUUGUUGACUGGACGCAUGGGUGAAUGGCCAAACCACAAACUGUAACCAAACGCCAGCGGCAGAUGUUAAAACCCUUCCUAAGAGCUUUUAUUUCACUCCUGAUUAACCUGUUAACAAUUGUUGUAUUGUAUCUUACGGACUUCUGUAUGACGUGUGUUGUCAGAAAAGCAGGAUUCUCGUUUGGGGUGCUGUGUGAUGAAACUUCAGCUGUCUGUGUUCUGUGUUAGAAAUUAGAACCUGGCAGACCCCCACGCGGUGGGGGGGGGGCACCUAGCGAACUGGGCAGUGCUGAGCGAGUCACUUCUCCUCUCUGACCCUCGGUCUCCUUUUCUCUGCUGGGUCACCAGAAAGCUCCUUCCACUGGGUGGUUGUGAGGCCAGGGGCUAGGUCCAUUCCAACAGAGCUGAUCCAACUCUGGCUCUCAUUGGGAAUGGUCAAAUGCUGAGGGUUGUCUGGAAAGUUCCGAACCUUUGCUGGUUGUGUUUCAGCAGUCAAAGGAACGUGUAAGACAGAGGCUGAGCGGUCUGGUCUGCAAGCAGUUAGCGAGCUGGCCCAGGGUGAAUACUGGUUUGAUGAAUGAGUGACGGCUUUUUUCCUGCCUUGGAGCCUCCCCCUCGUCCCACUUUCCAUCCUGGCUGCGGCUUCUCACAUGGAGGUUGUUGCUGCCUGGGGAGGACUGCUUGGGGCUUUGCUGUACCUGUCGACUCCAUGUCUGGGGCGGCUUCUGCAGACGUCUGUGUGUGCCCAAGGUCGAGUCUGCCAGGCAGGAAGAGGGACAUCUUCUUCUGCCCUGCAGGGGAAAGGCUUGUGUUCCUUAUUUCCUCACCCCCCCCCUUCCCUCUUUCUCUGGCCGGAAGAUGGAGAAGUCAGUCUGCAGUCUGGUCUGGGGGCGGGGCUGUCAGCCGCGCCACCCCACAAGCUUCCCGCUUGACUGGGGUGUGGGCCCAGUUUCUGGAUGAGGGAGCUGAGAUCAGAGACAGCGGGGGAUCAGAGCCAGGCUGAACGGUGCCCUUUGACCCUGGCAGCCAAGCUCUCCCAGUGACUGAGGCCAGCCUCUGCUGGCCCGCGUGUUCUUGCCCCCUGGCAGGGGUCAAUUGUGUUCCAGAGCUCGGUUGGCUCCAAGUGGGACUUGGAAGCUUGGCUGCAUUAAAUGAGGUAUUAGGAGUCAUUUGGGGGUGGAGGGUUUUCUCAGGAGACCCCUGAGUUUCUCGCCUGGUCCUUGUCUCCUGCAUGAGGGGAGCAGUGUUCUGCCGCCCCGGGUGGGUUGGAGUUCUGCACCCCAGCCUCUCUCCUGCCCCGCCCUCCCCCAGCAGAAGCCUCCCUGGCCCCCCCUCUUUCUGCCUCCUGCUUGCACAGCCUCGGUGGGCAGGACCUGGCCAUUCUUGAUGGCCAUCGCAGCUGGCCACCGGGCCACUUCUGUUAGCGUUUUUUUUUAAGAUUUUAUUUAUUUAUUU